UCAGCGGUGUUAGCUGUCCGGGAGGCCCUGGAGCGGUGCAGGGCUGCAGGCUGGGGAAAGUUCCUGCUGGCAUUGGAUCAGGCCAAAGCUUUUGAUCGAGUCAAUCAUGAGUACCUAUGGCUGCUUCUUGGCAAGUAUGGCCUGGAGGGGGGCUUUAUCGAUUGGCUAAAGACCUUAUACAGAGGGGCUGAAAGCUUCAUGCUUGUGAAUGGUUGGAUUGGACGACCCUUUGAGGUUGGCUCAGGUGUGCGUCAGGGGUGUCCUUUGAGUCCUCUGCUAUAUGCGUUUGUAAUCGAUCCCUUCAUUCGGAGGUUAGAGAGCGGACCGUUGUGUGGAGUUCCUUUGGGCAUUCCUGGGGAGCCCCCUCUGAGGGUCGUGGCCUAUGCUGAUGACGUGUCUGUUUUCAUCUCCGGGACGCAGGAGGCAGAGGAGGUGGUCUCGGUGAUGGAACGGUAUGCUGAGGCAUCUGGCUCAAAGAUCAAUCAGGAUAAGAGUGAGGUUUUCUGGAUGGGAGAGGAAGGCGAAGGCUUUACCCUUCCGGACGCCUUCCCAGAGCCCCAGCAGGAAAUUAAAGUAUUAGGCAUCAGAUUUGGUCCCGGUGAUUACGGCCUUGCAAAUUGGGUAAGCAGGCUACAAGAUGCCGAUGCCAAGGUGGCCAGCUGGAAGGAUUGGAAACUCUCUUACAGGGAAAGGAUUGACCUGAUUAAAACUUACCUGAUCCCGGUAUUUCUGUAUGUCAGCUUUGUCUGUGUUUUGCCAGUGUCUCUCUAUGCGAGGAUCUACAGUUGUUUCUUCCAGCUGUUAUGGGGGCACAAACUGAACCUCAUUAAGAGGUCUGUAACCUACCUUCCCAGGCGGAUGGGUGGCCUAGGUAUGGUCAACCCGGUGGUUUUCUUUUCUCUGAUGUUUUUGAAACAUAAUUUUGGUAGCAUGCUGGCAGAGGAACCGCCUGGGUGGGUUGGUAUUUUUCAGUCCUGGUUUAGGCCUUUUCUACGGAGCUGGGAGAAUGGUGGGCCAGUGAAAAGCCUGAGGGUCCAACAUGGUAAGCUCCCGGCUUAUGUUGCCCCGUGUCUGAAAAUGCUUCGGCAAUGGCGAGUGACGGCGGAGGAAAUUAAAUCUCUUCCUAGGAAGGCCUGGAGAGGAGGGUUGUUGAAUCUGCCUUUAGCGAGCCAUUGGCCUUGA